AUGAAGUUUUCCUCCCUUAUUGUUCUAUGUUGUUCCGUGAUUAGCCUUGCGCUUGGAUCGCCUCAGGUGGUGAAUACGGACGAAGCAGAAACCGUCAUUGCGAAGUCGGGCCACACAAACAACUGGGCUGUAUUGGUAUCAACAUCUCGAUUCUGGUUCAACUAUAGACAUAUGGCCAAUGUCCUCAGUCUUUAUAGAACCGUCAAAAGAUUGGGUAUACCUGAUUCCCAGAUUAUCUUGAUGUUGUCUGACGAUAUAGCCUGCAACCCAAGAAAUGCAUUCCCAGGCACUGUCUUCAAUAACAUGGAUCAAGCAAUCGAUUUGUACGGUGAUCUGAUCGAAGUAGAUUACCGUGGAUACGAGGUUACUGUGGAAAACUUUGUCAGGUUGUUGACUGACCGUUGGGAUCCCGACCAUCCACGUUCCAAACGUCUCUUGACCGAUGAAAACUCUAAUAUCUUCAUCUACUUGACUGGCCAUGGUGGUAACGAGUUCUUGAAGUUCCAAGAUGCUGAUGAAAUAGGAUCUUAUGACAUUGCCGAUGCUUUUGAGCAGAUGCAUGAAAAGAAGAGAUACAAUGAGAUAUUCUUCAUGAUCGAUACUUGUCAGGCCAACACGAUGUACGAAAGAUUUUAUUCUCCCAACAUUUUGGCAGUGGGCUCUUCACAAAUUGAGGAGUCUUCAUACUCCCACCAUUCCGAUAUGGAUAUCGGUGUGGCUGUUAUUGAUAGAUUCACCUACUACACAUUGGAUUUCCUUGAAAAAAUCAAAACUAAUUCUAAGGUAACCAUGGACAAAUUAUUCGACGAGUAUACCUUUGAAAACAUCCAUUCUACACCGGGGAUCAGAACCGAUCUCUUCAAUAGAGAAGUCAAAGAUGUCUUGCUCACCGACUUUUUUGGAAAUGUUCAGGACGUGGUAGUAGACGAGGUGGAAGACGACCUUCUCUACAUUUCUAACCACUAUGCAAAUGGUACACAAAUCACCCAUGAUUCGCAUAAGACUUUAAAGGCUAUUAAUAGAGUUGCUUUCGACCUUCCAUCUACCGAAGGUUUUUCAACCUCCAAGCAAGGAAAGAUCAUUGCUGGGGUAUUCUUAGCAGGGCUUAUAUUGUUGUUCCUCAAAUAG